UUAGUUAGUUCUUCAAUAAUGGUUAAGGUCUAUCGUCCAGUUUUAGUGCAGUUAGCACUGAUCGUGUUCUUUGUGGGGCAGACGUUCGGAUUCAUGAGAGAACUACAGAAUGAAUACCCCUCCGACAAUUUUAUCAUAUCGCCAUUUCUGUUAGCCGAAGGAUUAUCACUUUUAUAUUUGGGUGCCCAAGGCGAGAGCGCCAACGAACUUAAAAGUGUCAUACCCAAAUUUCUCGCAAAUAAAGAGACGGAUAUAGAUGCGUAUUUGUCCGAGGAUCGAGGCAUAUUGAAGUCAUCUGAGGAUGAAACAUUGCAAUUCGGUAAUCGGCUUUUUGUGACAAAUGAAAUGGACAUUUUAUCUGACUAUGAAAAAAAGAUAAAGAAAACUUUCAAAACUUGUGUUAAUCGAGUUGACUUUAGCAACCCCAAAAAUGUUAACGUGAUCAAUCGCUGGGUAGCCCAACAAACUGAAAACAAAAUCACUAAACUAAUUGAGAAACUUAACGGAGAUGAGAAACUGAUACUUGCUAGCGCGAUUCACUUUAAUGGAUUAUGGCAAUUUCCAUUCGAUGAGACUCUUACGGAGAAGGUACCCUUCUAUGUACCAAAGGACGGAAAAACCACAAAAACUGUGAAGGUUGACAUGAUGAACAGAGUUAGUUUCUUUUUGCGAAAAUUCGUUAAGGAACUAGAUGCUGAUGCCAUUUCAUUGCCAUAUGCCAACUCAAAUAUUACGAUGGUUGUUCUUCUGCCCAGAACUAUGGAUGGCAUAGGCAAACUUCUCGAUCACCUCUCGGAAGUGAAUAUCAACGAUAUAUUACGGGAGAGCGAACUUAACCGAUUACACCUGCAUUUACCAAAAUUCCAAUUCGAAUUUACCAUCACUCUAAAUGAUAUGCUGAAAAGCAUCGGCUUGAACGAAAUAUUUACAGAAGCUAAUUUAAAAUUAAUGACUGACUAUGAAAGUAAAUUAAAAGUUGCUGAAAUAGUUCAAAAGAGUGUUAUAACGGUUGAUGAAAAGGGUACUACACCAGCAGCUGGCAAAGAAUCGGAUAAAAGGGGGCGACUGGAGCACCUGGAAGUCAAUCAUCCAUUUGUGUUUUAUAUAAUUGACGAAGAGAGAAUUUACUUUGUAGGACAAGUUCGCAAUCCUCUGCUUAAAUGAAAGAAACGAAAAUAACUUGUCUCAUUUCUCUUCUUCAUAAAUUGUAUAUAUCAAUAAAAAUGCAAAUUUAUUGACGAAUGAUUUAUAUAAAGCUAA